AUGGGAAAUGCAAACAACGACACGGAUGAGUACAUAGUUUGCUAUGCACCUACCAUGAUAACAACAAAUGGGAUAUGGCAAGGAGAUAACCCUUUGGAUUAUUCUCUCCCACUUUUCAUAUUGCAAUUAACAUUAGUUGUGGCAGCCACCCGAAUAUUUGUCUUCAUUCUCAAGCCCUUUCGCCAGCCACGUGUAAUUGCUGAAAUAUUGGGUGGAGUAAUGUUGGGUCCUUCAGUGCUUGGGCAAAACAAAGCAUUUGCUGAUGCAAUAUUUCCUCUAAGAAGUGUGAUGGUGAUUGAAACAAUGGCCAAUGUUGGUCUCCUUUAUUUUCUCUUCUUGGUGGGAGUGGAAAUGGACAUAACGGUGUUAAGAAGAGUAGGUAAAAAAGCAGUGGUUUCGGCAAUUGCUGGCAUGGUUUUGCCUUUCCUUAUUGGAUGUACUUUCGUUUUCUUUUCGACCAAAGAAACUAUUGAGAUUAACAGAGGAACUUUUGUACUAUUCAUUGGCGUUGCACUCUCUGUCACUGCAUUUCCUGUUCUUGCUAGGGUCCUUGCUGAGCUUAAACUGAUCAACACUGAGUUGGGUAGGCUUGCUCUUUCAGCUGCCCUCAUCAAUGAUGUGUGUGCUUGGGUUCUCUUAGCAUUAGCCGUUGCUUUAUCUGAGAAUAAAUCAACUACCUUUGCUUCUCUAUGGGUUCUAUUGUCAAGUGCAGCAUUUGUGGCCUUCUGUGCUUAUGUUGUUAGACCAGCAGCUUCAUGGGUAGUUAAUAGAACCCCUGAAGGAGAAUCCUUCAGUGAGUUCUAUAUAUCUCUUAUACUAGCUUCUGUCAUGGUCUCAGGUUUCAUCACUGAUGCUAUUGGAACUCAUUCUGUUUUUGGAGCUUUUGUGUUUGGUUUGGCAAUCCCAAAUGGACCACUAAGCUUUACACUUGUGGAAAAGCUUGAAGACUUCGUUUCUGGACUUUUACUGCCUCUCUUUUUUGCCAUUAGUGGGCUAAAAACUAAUGUACGACUCAUCCAAGGGACAUACACUUGGGCACUUCUUUUUCUUCUCAUUUUCCUGGCUUGCAUUGGCAAAGUUAUCGGAACUUUAUUGGUUGCUUUCUUUUAUCAAAUGCCAAUACAUGAAGGAGCUGCCCUUGGCUUACUUAUGAACACAAAAGGCCUCGUUGAAAUGGUCGUGCUUAAUGUUGGGAUGGACCAGAAGGCUUUUGAUGAAAAAUUAUUUGCAGUCAUGGUUGUUAUAACUCUAGUAAUGACUUCAAUCGUUGUGCCUGCCAUAUCAAUUAUUUAUAGGCCAUCAAGGAAUAACAUAUGUUACAAAAGAAGAACAAUUGAGAUGUCAAAAUCGGAAGUUGAGUUCAGAGUCCUAGUAUGUGUCCACACCCCUAGAAACGUCCCAACUAUGAUCAAUCUCCUUGAAGCAUCUAAUCCAACUAAGAAGUCCCCAAUAUGUGUCUAUGUGCUCCAUUUGGUGGAACUUAGUGGCCGUACAUCUGCCAUGCUCAUUGUCCACAACGCUUCAAAACCUGAACACCCACCACUUAAUAGAACUGAAGCACAAUCUGAUCACAUAAUGAAAGCCUUUGAAAACUAUGAGCAACAUGCUUCAGAUAUCUCGGUGCAACCCUUAACAGCUAUCUCCCCUUAUUCCACCAUGCAUGAAGACAUAUGCAAUUUGGCAGAAGAGAAACGCGUGUCUCUAAUAAUUGUACCUUUUCAUAAACAACAAACAGUUGAUGGUGGAAUGGAAGCUACCAACAUGGCAUUUAGAACCAUUAACCAAAAUGUACUAGCACAUGCACCUUGUUCUGUGGGAAUUCUAGUGGAUAGAGGCUUUAGUGGCUCUAACCGUUUGGAUGCAAAUCAAGCGUGUCAUCAUAUAGCAAUAUUAUUUUUUGGAGGACCAGAUGAUAGAGAAGCAUUAUGCUAUGGAUGGAGAAUGCUGGAACAUUCAGGCAUUAGCCUUACUAUAAUGCGUUUUGUUCCAGGUGAUCAAUUAUCUGAGCCAUUGAAGCAACAUGUUGACUUCGUUUCCGAUGAACCAAGAGUGUUGACAGUGCAAACAGAUAAAGAUAUAGAUAAACAACUUGAUGAAAAGCUUAUAUGUGAGUUUAGAAUGAUAUGUUGUGAUUAUGAUUCUGUUGAUUACAUUGAAAAAGUGGUUAAUAACGGUGAAGAUACAGUGGCAGCAAUAAGGACAAUGGAUGAUAUUCAUGACCUUUUCAUUGUUGGGAGAGGUCAAGGUAUGAUAUCACCACUCACUGCAGGACUCACUGAUUGGAGUGAGUGCCCAGAAAUUGGAGCAAUUGGGGAUCUAUUAGCAUCUUCAGAUUUUGCAGCAACUGCUUCAGUUUUGGUGGUGCAACAAUAUGUGGGGUCACAAUGUGAAGAGAUAGUAACACCAAAUGGUGAAGAACAUAUCACUGAGAUUACUCGUCGUCCUCUAACACCACAAGGACAUAAGGUGACCAUUUCAGACCACUAG